UUAUAAUAUAUAGUUUGUUCAAUACAAUUUAUAUUAAUAAUGUCAGAUGCUUCAGUAUAAGUUUUUUUUUUACUAAACCUUGUCCCAAUGCUCGUUUGCAGUUGGUUGACUCUACUCUACACUAGAUGAGAUGAGUUUACAGAUCUACUAACUAUUCAUACUUCCUCUAACUACAUGUUCCAGUUUUGUAUACUUCAUUGUUGAAAGAAGUGACAACUAUGCUUAACCCCAUGAUCGCAGACUUGGAUCGAUUAUAUGAACUCAUGGAUUCCACUCACCAAGGUUCAUCUCAACUAAUUAGAGAUUUAAGAGAGGAGCUUAAGACUGAGAUAGACAAGAAGGAAUCAGAGAAAGAGGUUGAUACGGUCGAAUACUGGAAGAGGAAGGCGUUACGCUUGGAGAAAUCUUUGGAGGAGAGUAGAGAGAGCCGGCUGAGAUUGGUUGAGAGUUUGAAGACUAUGGAGACUCUCAAGACAGGUGAAUGUUUCUUGAGUUUCAUACUUGAGAACUCACCUUUUAUUAUGGGACAUCAGGAUCAAGAUUUACGGUACAUGUUCAUAUUCAACCAGUUUCCUAGUUUGAAGGAAGAGGACAUUCUUGGGAAAACAGACUCUGAGAUUUUCAAUGGCAAUGGGGUUAAAGAGUUUGAAGAAUUCAAGAGAGAGGUUCUUGAGAAGGGAAAAGCUUCAAAGAGAGAGAUCACAUUUGACACUGAUUUAUUCGGAUCAAAGACGUUUAUGAUCUUUGUUGAGACUGUUUACAGUAAAACUGGCAAGAAAGUGGGCAUAAAUUACAUUGGGAUGGAAGUAACUGAUCAGGUAAGGAAGAGGGAAAAGAUGGCAAAACUUGGAGAAGAUAAUGCAGUUAGAAAGGCAAUGGAAUCAGAACUUGGAAAGACCAUUCACAUUACAGAGGAGAUGAUGAAUGCAAAGAAGAUUCUAGCUAAAAUGUCUGGUGAGUUAAGAUCACCAUUGUUGGGGAUUGUCAGCAUGGCUGAUAGAUUUUCUUCCAUCACAAAACUUGAUGAAGAGCAAAGACGUUUGUUGAUUGAAAUGAUAUCGUCUGCCGGUUUAGCACUGGAGAGAAUAAACGAGUUUCUUGAUCUCUCUGAGGUUGUAUCAGGUUGAGAUUAUGGGUGGUCAAUUCCCAUUGACAAGUCAAGUCAGCGCUCGUUCAGUACUGCACUACUACCUCUACAAAGUUGACCACACCACAUGAUGAUUCACUAUAUAAGAUGCCACUAAAUUCCAUGAUUAAAAUGGGACUUAGUUCUCAUCUAUAUAUUCUUAAAACUAAAAUACAUUUUGGUACUGUUUGAAAAUAUAAAUAUUAGUAUAAAUAAGAAUUGUUUGAAAAUAUAAAUAUCAAUAUUUCUAGUAUUUUUUUAUUUGUACAUUUAGCCAUUAUAUUUAUAAUAAAUUAAAUUUUUUUUUUCGUGUUUUUUUUUAUUUACAGAUUAUACCACUGUAUUUAAAAUCAAUUUAAAUUAAUUAAUUACAAUUCCAAAGAUUAUCUAACCAAAUCGAUAUUCAUAUAUUGACGAUUAUUAAUAUUGUACGAAUAUUAAUAAGUUUACUUUAAUAUGGGGAAACAAUUCUUUUCAUUUUUUUUAAAUUUAGUAUUACCUUAUUUAGUGAGUCAAAUAUAAAAUUCCAGAGUUCAAUUUUGAAGAAAAAAAUAUAUCAUAAAAUGAAUAAUAAUUCAUAGAAAACUAAUGAAAAAAAUAUUGUUUUUAGUACGCUGUUUCAUUUUAAAAUAAAAUAACAAAAAAAACAGGUUAAUAUAUGAACAGUACAAUUACAUUAAAAUUGCAUUUAAUUAUAAAAUUUUAAUAUAAUAUUAUGUACAAAUAAAAAUAAUAUUAUCAAGCAUCUAUAUUAUAAAAUAAUGCAUUAUACUAUAUAUGUAAACUACAAAACAUAAAAAAUAUACAAGAAUUUUUUUAUAAAACCAGCGGUUUAUAAAUUUACGUUAAACAUAACAAGUUAAAUCAAACACCCGCGCGCAAGUUCUAGUGUUACGUUAAUGCUGAUUAAUGUUGUGUUACGUUUAAAGAAUAGUUAUAUUCCUUUUAACUUUAAAACUACAUCUUAAAAGCCUUGGCAAUAAUAAUUAUUUGUUUUUUUUUUGGCAUAAAUUUUGGUAGUGAUAUACCAUUUAUUGUGUUGUGAUUUUCAGAUACUAGUUUUGGAAGA